UGGAGACUGGUAACCCUGGUGUCCAUUUCUCGUUGCAGUAUCUUCGUCUUUUCUGAUCGACGACAAUCCACUUAAGGAGGGAGGUGCCUAGGCACGUAAGGUAAUUGGACAACUAAACCAGGUCUUCCGGUUUUGACUACCUUUGUCUCAUCUCUUUUCUAUGUACAGCAAGAAAUAAAACCCGUAAUAUCUUCGCUGUGGUUGCUGCGAGAUCUAGCGAUCAAAGGCGGUGGGGUCCCACUGAGCUUGGGCGGUGAAGCCAGAAUUUCCAGCGGGAAAAAAAUCGAAGGAUUCUGCCACACUUAGGCAGAAAAAUAUCACGAAGCCGCCGGUAACAUUUACUUCACCAAUCAACACUCAGUAGACGCACCCGAUAGCGUCAACCGACUACCAUGGCAGAUACCUCAGCCAAGAAAAGGAAAAGACCGGCAGGGCAACAUGGCGAGGCGAAGAAGAAGGUCGCUAUUGAGCAGCCAGCCUCGCUACCCCACUCCGUCUCCGUCUCCUCUGUUGUGAGACCGCGGUUCUCUCCUCCAGUUAUCGCUACAACUCCGGGCUUGGUCCUGUCCCGAGAUGUCCGGUUUCGAUCCUACGCCAAACCCGAGCCUGCCCCUUCCAAGAAGAGGAAACAGAGCUCUCAAACUCCCCCCCAACCCCCCAAAGACAUCCUGCUCCAUUCUAGUUCGCACAGGACGCUCGACUAUACAGCCCAUGAAGAUAAGCCGAAAGGAAUGGAGUCGUUGUUGAAACACUAUAUCUGUGUCUUCGACCCUGCCUUGGGUAGCCUGAAGAUUGUCGAAGCUAGGAAAAUGGUUGUUCGUGGAGUCGUCCGAUCUCGGAUGGCUGCUGAUGAAGCAAUGGCGGAGCGAACUGUGAGAGAGAAUUUGACCGAUAUGAAGAACGAGCUGGGCCAGGCGUUCGGAACAAAGAAGGCCAAGAAGGCCAUCGUGGCCAUGGCCGAGAACGCACUCACGCCAAGGAAGGGUCCGGAUGGCGAGCCGCUGAAGCUGGGUGACGAAGACCUUGCCUUGAUGGAUUCCAUCAAGGAAUCAACGGCGAACAUGGCCACCAGGGAAGAACUACAGGCAGCCGUCGAUCAGGCGCGGCCCGUACCGAAGGGCAAUUAUGAGGCAGCCGAUAUCCAGGAUGUUUACGAUCCCAAGGAGAUCAUCGGCGGGGAGAUCCUCAACGCGAUACCUAUCCGAGACUGGCAAGAGAAGGCCAAGAAGCAGGAGGAAAUCCAGGUUCCAUCCCGGUUCGUCGCCAACCGCAUCAACCGGGUGGCUGCGAACGAACAUGCGGCGCAGAGGCUCAAGAUGCUGCGCUACAUGUUGUUCCUCCUCAUUUUCUGGGUCUCCACGACCAGCGGAAAGGGUCACGGAGCCAAGAGGAUCGCCAAGCGGGAGAAGCUCCGCGAGCUGCUGGCGCCCGCGCCGGAGGCUGUCAUCGAGAACAUCCGGCGAAAGUUCUCGGACAACGGGGAGAUGCGCAAGAUCCACAUCGAUCUGCUCAUGACGCACUGCUGCGUCUUCGCGAGCAUAAUUGACAGCUUCGACGUCAAUACAUUUGACCUCCGGGAGGAUCUCAGGAUCGACCAGAAGCAGAUUAACCAAUACUUCCACGAGAUAGGGGCUAGGACGCGGCAGACGAGGAAGGACGACAAGACAGAAAACCUUGCCAGGCUCGCUCUACCUCUCCAGUUCCCCCGUUUGAGACAGCAGAGGCAGGGACGAUGAUGAAUUCGUUGGUUUGGAGUGGAGAGGGGGAUGGUCAAGCAUCCUCGUUUUGUUGCUCUAGGUACAUAGGUAGUAUGGACGAGACGAUAGCUUCAUGUGGGGAACUUUUAGGUGGCUGGCCGUGGACGAAAUUCAGUAGAUACUACUACAGACACGCCUUUUCUGAUCCUAUACUAGGGCAGUGGAUAA